AUGAGUAAACCAACGCGUAUGCCGUACUUCAAUCAGGCCGGGGGUAAAGAGCAGAUGGUUUUGGCCGAGGGUUAUCUGCCCACCGAUAAGAUCUUCAAAAUAGACCGCUAUCUGCGGUACUUCGGAAUGUUGUCCCAAAGCAUUGAGGACUACCUUCAGGGCAACAUUCGGGGAAAGAUGAAGCGCCCGACAAAACGUAUGUACGGUUUCUCUGUCCUCGUGCUGAUGACGAUAGUCUUCGCUCGCAAUAUGUUAUUGGCUUUCGUUGACGACCCGGAGAUUCGCAACAUCUUAGGCGAAGCGGUGUCCGCCCGACCGGCCAAGCAAUUCACUAUGGCUUUGACUCUUUGGUCCAUUUACUCCUUCCUGUUGUCGCGACUCUUCUACAGAGCGGAGAAGAAUCGCUGGAAUUCAUGGCUCUCGCCGUUCGCCGUAUUCAAGGGCUUCAUUCCGCCCUCUAUUAUGGGUUUAGACACUGGAAUGACUGACCACUGGUUCGCCAAAACCAAGAAGACUUUGGCUCAGAUGGCGCUCUUCACGAACAUCCGGGCCGUAUUGGGUUCAAUGAUGUUCUCGUGGGUCGCUUACGCCAGAUUCAGGUCCAACUCUGUCAGUCAGUCCUAUACUAUCCUCUGGGCUGUCAUUCUGACCGUUUGGGUCUACUAUUGCUCGGCCUAUGCCUACAUAGCUUACGGUCACUUCAUUUCGUUGGCUUAUUAUUUCCGUAUGCGUUACCACAAAGUGAAUGAAGACAUCGAAUCCAUUAUAGCGCCGGACAAUCGCAUGAAACCCAACGAGCGGUGCACUACUCUUCAACACGUCCUCAAUGAACACAAUGAGCUCUGCAUUAAAAUCAAGCAAUAUAACAUCUUUUGGGCGAAAUACCUAAUGUACACAUAUUUCAUGUUUGUGGCGGUUAUCUGUUACACAACAUUUCAGGCAUUCUUCACAUACAACCGAACACUGGUUAGGGCUGUCAUGUUCUCUCUCACUCUGGAGGCCGCGUAUCUCAUAACAAAAGUAUCGGUCGGCGCUUCACGUAUGGCUAAUGAGGCACACGCAUCCUAUGCCCGGCUUAUUAGAGUCACAUUCGAUAAAUAUCCAGUCGAGCUCCAGAUUCAGGCAAGUUUUCAAACACCUCUCAAACUUCUCCUCCGUAUGUUUAUCCAGCGACUAUCGGGCCCUACCAUCGGUUUCUAUUGUCUCGAUCUCUUUGAGAUAACGUACUCGACUUAUGCCUCUAUAAUCGCAGCGUUGGGCCAAAACUUUCUACUUAUCGUUGAUUUUGUGCGCUCUUAUGCCGAACUCAAAGAGGAACAACAGGCCAGCGAUCUCUCCCUUCCCGAAGUGUUUGAUGUCAUCACUAACUCUACCUUUGAUUUGAAUCCACUGUCGCUGACCAGCGGUGCCCUUCGCGGAGCCUCUCCCGAGACUAUUUCAGGAUAAACUGCGAGAAAAACUAUUGGUUUAUAUAUUUUGCUUAUUAUUCUCAUUCAUAUAAUUGACAUAUUAUUCUCGAUAAUAGUGUUAUUCAAACGACAA